GUCCCUGAAAGACAAACUGCGGUGAAGUGACUGAUGCCUUUAAAUGAAAUCCUACUUUGAAGGCCCAGCCAGCGUUGCUGAUUCAUGUUACUAAUCGGGCUUUGGGAGAAAGAUUCUUUCAGGGUGAAUAAAGUCCAACUUGGGCUGGAAAAUAGAAACCUAAGAAAUCAUUUUCGUUUCCUAUGUUGUUUGGCACACAGCUGUAAACGGGCCUUCUGUUUGGGCCAAUCAGUGCAGAGAAGCCUUGGGACCACGGUCCUGUUAGAGCUUGCAUAGCUAUAGCCGAGAGGGGGGCAAAUCCUUCUUCAAAGCUUCUGAAUCUCUGUCGUCUACCAGCUUUUAGGGGAGACGAGGCGGGCGAGGUAAUAGCUCUUACUGCACCAACUGUUGGUGUGAGAGAUGAGCUUUCAAGCUACACAGGCUCUUGGUCAGGUCUGGGACAGGGACCCCGAGUGUCACAGCUACAGACAAGGGCUGACGAAGCGGAGCCGCUAUCCCAGUGAUCAGGGCGUGUGGGUCAGAGUCUCAGUCAUGGUUGGAUUUAUCCCUAUUGCUGUUGGAGCAACUGUUGGAUUAGGCGUUGUCACCGUUGCUGUCCCAGCAGCACUCGGGGCAGCAGGCUUUACUGGAGCAGGCAUUGCAGCUGGGACCCUUGCUUCCAAGAUGAUGUCAGCAGCGGCCGUAGCCAGUGGAGGAGGGGUAGCCGCUGGGAGUACUGUGGCAGUGCUGCAAUCUGUGGAAGACUGGCUCUCCACUGUCUUGGCAAAUGAGCUCUGCUCCUCCUGGCAGGUAUGGUCGCCCAUACUAUACUGUUAUCUGUGGUCUCACUAGUGGGGACCUGGGCUCACUGCCUAACUAGUGCUGGCCUUAUCCUGCACUCACCUAGGAUCCUGUUCACGAUCUUCUUACGAAGUGUAAACCCUCCGAUGUAGGACCUCUAGCUGCAAAUGCUGUCAGGCAAGGGGUGGAAUUCCACAUUGCCGUGGGGGAUGCUUCCCCAAACUCACAACUCUGGCCGGCCAUGAGGCUAUUAAGCCAGGGACGCUAGCCAUAUCCCAACACUGAACUGGGUGUACGUGCAAUUCCACUCAGCUGCCACGACAGCGCAGAGGAACACAAACAAGCAGAUGCUUGAAAGUCUUUUGGUUUUCUCAGUGCCCAGGAGAAGGGAGUGAGGGGAAGGGGAACAGAUUAGACAGUAGCUGCUGUUACUCAUAUAAAUCCACAGAAGGCCUUUAAAGGUUAUGGCAAAAGGAAGUCAGACAUGAACUCCACUCUAUUCUGCAUUACACAUAAAUGACCCACUAGAGGAACGCAGAUUCCAAUGUGUUCUGUGAAGACAGGUGAGCAAAGCACACGGUCUUUGCGUGUCUUCCCAGUGCUGGGUGACGGCAGGCCGAUUUAAGAGCAUAAUCCAUUACAUCCACGCCAAAAACUAAGGAGGGUUAUUUAUUUGUUUUGUUGCGCCCCCGUCAGAUUGUGCUGGCAGGAGCUUUGCUGGAAAUUGACGCACCAAUGACA